ACGUGAGUUUGUAGGCGGGGCCAUAAACUGUCCAGGAAAGGGGCGGAGCUAAGGACCAGCGGCGGCCACCGGGCGGGAGACACCCAGAGCGCAGUGACCCGGGGGGUGACAGGAAGACUGUGCGGUGACCCGACCGGUGAGAACAUGCCGCGAGUGGUGCCAGAUCAGAGAAGCAAGUUUGAGAAUGAGGAGUUCUUCCGGAAACUGAGCCGCGAGUGUGAGAUCAAGUACACAGGGUUUCGUGACCGACCACAUGAGGAGCGCCAGGCGCGUUUUCAGAAUGCCUGUAGGGAUGGCCGAUCUGAAAUAGCAUUUGUGGCCACGGGAACCAAUUUGUCACUGCAGUUUUUCCCAGCCAGUUGGCAAGGAGAGCCACGUCAAGCACCCACACGUGAUUAUGUGGACUUUGAGAGAGAGUCUGGAAAGGUUUACUUAAAAGCUCCAAUGAUCCUCAAUGGUGUUUGUGUCAUGUGGAAAGGAUGGAUUGACCUCCAGAGGUUGGAUGGGAUGGGAUGUCUGGAAUUCGAUGAAGACAGAGCACAGCAUGAAGAUGCCCUGGCGCAACAGGCCUUUGAGGAAGCUCGGAGAAGGACCCGUGAGUUUGAGGACAGAGAUCGCUCUCACCGGGAGGAAAUGGAGGUGAGAGUUUUACGACCACGCUGCCUGUAACUGGCUCGCCGGCAGCAGGAUCCCAACUCUGGUUUGGGCAGCGGGGAUGACCUGAAGUUACGUUAAUACUGUACCUACUCCUCCCACUUCCUUCCCCGUAUCCUCCAGCUUCUAGACGUGAGAAUCUGCAAGACCAGGAGAAGAGAAGCCUGUGGCAAUCUCCGCUCGCCAGUCCUGACCAUCAACCUUUGAGCCUCCCGUGUGCAUGCAUGCAUGCUGUCUGCGCCCUAUACAAACGGUUCACUUCAAGCCCCUCUAUGCAAGCUCUUAGCCUCAUGUGUUGUGCACUCAGGCCAAUGUACUAUUUUUAGUUGUGUUUUGAUGAUGAUUAUAUAGGUCAAUUGUUUUUCUAAAGACUAGUUUUUGUUACAGUUUAUUUUGUGCUACCUGCUUUUAGUUGCUGUUAGAUCUGAAAUCGGCACAGUGACAAACGGUAUGAGAUUGUUGGUGUUGGGUCAAUUUAAAAAAGCACCAAUUUAAAAAGGAUCAAUUUCUACAAACACUUAAGACUUGUGCUUGGAUAUCCAAAGCUCCCUACAAUCGCAUUAAUGCCUUUAUGUAUGUGUAUUUUUGCAUGUUUUCUUGGUCUUUGAAAAGAACGUAAAUCAUCCGAACGUGAUCUACAGGUCCCGACCAAAACAGUAUUUAUCUGUACAGUCUGCUUUUCUAAUGCACAGGGAGGAGUGGGGGGAGGUGUCUGGUGGCCCUAUAUGCUGAAGGAAACAGUCAUGUCUUCUGUGAGCUCCUAGCCCUAAUGACAUCAUCAGCUGGAUUUUCAGCCACUGGCUGAGUUUUUGUGGACCCACAGUACUGUAUAUCACUGCUGUCCCUGUCUCCUAGGGGGUUCAGUUGGUACCUGUGAACACGCCUUCAGCUCCCUGCCAGCUACAUUCGUUUAGUACAGAUAGCUUGUGUAGCUACUUACCACCUCCCCUUCCUUUAGCCCCUGGAGCCCAUGAGACCACUGGGUACCAAGAUGCAUCUGCUGGAUAUCUACUGCUGACAACUUGUAGUGUGUCUUAGAGCAGGCGGUGAGCUUAUCCUCUGUUAAUGCUUUGCCUCUCUCCACAACUAAAUUCUGUUCUCCUUUUUUUAGUUUUUGUUUUUAAUUAAACAGCAUAUUUAUGCAGUUUAAUAUGUGGCCAGUUAUCCAAACAAAUAUUAUUUUAACUAAUCCCAGUCCCAAUUAGCUUGGAUAAUCGGUGUUCUACUGUAAGUGGUAAGCACACCUAAAUAACCUGUAAAUGCGCAGCCACCACAACGAGGGUGGCCCAUCACAAAGUUGUACUGCAGCCACCACAACGAGGGUGGCCCAUCACAAAGGUGUACUGCAGCCACCACAACGAGGGUGGCCCAUCACAAAGGUGUACUGCAGCCACCACAACGAGGGUGGCCCAUCACAAAGUUGUACUGCAGCCACCACAACGAGGGUGGCCCAUCACAAAGGUGUACUGCAGCCACCACAACGAGGGUGGCCCAUCAUAAAGGUAUACUGCAGCCACCACAAUGAGGGUGGCCCAUCACAAAGUUGUACUGCAGCCACCACAAUGAGGGUGGCCCAUCACAAAGUUGUACUGCAGCCACCACAACGAGGGUGGCCCAUCACAAAGGUGUACUGCAGCCACCACAACGAGGGUGGCCCAUCAUAAAGGUGUACUGCAGCCACCACAAAGUUGUACUGCAGCCACCACAAUGAGGGUGGCCCAUCACAAAGUUGGACUGCAGCCACCACAACGAGGGUGGACCAUCACAAAGUUGGACUGCAGCCACCACAAUGAGAGUGGCCCAUCACAAAUCUAUACAAUAUUUAGAAUGUAUGAGUAUAAGCAUUGAUAACACAUGCUUGUUUAAAGCCAUGGACACACUCCUAACAGUCGUGAUUACAUGAUUUUAUUGUAGAUGGGUGGUUUCUUUAUGUUAUAAGGGCGGCAGCAGUUUGGAAGGUCCAGCAUAUUUGCUCAAGCAAAGUUUCUGCAGCUACAGUAUAUGAACAAGAACCCCACACAUUUCUCCUUAAAUGCCUCAAAAUCAUAUAUAGCGAUUUGCUAAUUAUUAUUGAUUCAGCUGCUUUCAAUGUACAGGUUGAGUAUCCCUUAUCCAAAAUGCUUGGGACCAGAGGUAUUUUGGAUAUCGGAUUUUUUUGUAUUUUGGAAUAACUGCAUACCAUAAUGAGAUAUCAUGGUGAUGGGACCUACAUCUAAGUACAUAAUGCAUUUAUGUUACAUAUACACCUUAUACACACAGCCUGAAGGUCAUUUUAGACAAUAUUUUGUAUAACUUUGUGCAUUAAACAAAGUGUGUCUACAUUCACACAAUUCAUUUAUGUUUCAUAUACACCUCAUACACAGCCUAAAGGUCAUUUAAUACAAUAUUUUUAAUAACUUUGUGUAUUAAACAAAGUUUGUGUACAUUGAGCCAUCAAAAAACAAAGAUUUCACUAUCUCACACUCACUCAAAAAAGUCUGUAUUUCGGAAUAUUCCGUAUUUCAGAAUAUUUGGAUAUGGGAUACUGUACCUGUAUUAAAAUUGUAAGCUGACAUAUACAGGUCCCUUCACUACAACAGAACCAGACAUACGAUCCGGACUUUUUGUUUAAAUGCUGCUGCUCUCUGCAAGCCCUCAGAGAACCUGCUGCAUUUAAAAUCUUGUUUUUAAAAGAGCAGGAAAAUGAGUAAUAAUUGCCAAUCAUAUUAAUUGAAGGCUAGGGAUUGAUUUUAAACAGAAGUUGAGUGGCCUUUUUUUUAAGCCUUUUUAUCUUUUGUACUUGCUAAUUUUAUUUUAUUGCUUGUUUUUUUAUUUUGUCACGUUGUUUUUGAUAUUUUAUACUGCCUUUAUGCAUUAACUAUUAGUUGUCUGUUACAUUUCUAUAAAGAAUAAUGAAAAAAAAAAAUCUCCUUUGUUUUCAGAAACUGGGUGCCUAACACAACUUCCCCAAAAAAUGUAUUUUAUCCUGGAUUAUAAAAACUGGCUCUACUGUAUCUUUGUUGCCCACUGCAGGACACCCAGAACCUGAACGGUUAAUUGCUUUAAACUGAGUAUGUUUGUAUGUUGUCAUAGUGUAUACUGUUUGCCUUGAAUUGAAAUCAAUUUGGUUUUAAUAAACAUCUGGUGGUAAAAUA